AUGCAGCUGCAGCACAGAGUACUGGUUGCUUGGCUGCGGCGGCUGCUGCGUCCGGUGCAGCAGCAGCAAACAGCAGCAGCACUUCAGGAGAGGUGCAGCAGGAAGUUGCUGCUGCUGCUGCUGCAACAGUGGAAAGCUGCUGCUGCUGCAGCGCAGCGCCGCCGCCUUGCUGCAGAGACAGUGCGUCAGAAGUGUGAGCUGCGGAUCCUUCGGGCGAAUUUUCUGUGGCUGGAGAGUACAGCUAGACGGCAGCAGCUGCUGCGGCUGCGGCUGCUGCAUGCGUUGCUGCUGUUGCCGCUGCAGCUGCCGCUGCUGCCCGCGCCUGCAGCAGCAGCAGCAGCAGAUGCAGCACCGGCGCGCCUUCCUCUUGUUCCGCGUGCCUUGCUGCAGUCGCUUGCUGGUGAGCUGGCUGCACCUGAACAGCAGCAGCAGCAGCAACUGCAGCGACUGCAGCAGCAGCAGCAGCAGCAGAAAAGGCUGCAGCAACCAACUCCAUCAACUGCAGCACCGGAGUCUACAAUCUGCCUUCAAGAGCAGCAGCAGCAGCAGCAGCAGCAGCAGCAGCAGGGCGUUCUGUCCCCUCCGCCUCUACAGCUGCCAGCAGCUCGUAGCGCUGAUACAAAGAAAGAUUUGCAUGCAACAGCAGCAGCAGCAGCAGCAGCAGCAACUCCGGGGGACCUGUGGACCUCUCAGGACUCCACUGCAGCAGACACGGACGAUCUGCUGUCUUCUCGCCGCAGCAGCUGCGCUGUGCUGCUGCUGCUGCGCGAGCUUUCUACUGGAGCAGCAGCAGCAGCAGCAGCAGCAGCAAACACUGAAUCUGUUGAUGCAUGUCUAGACGCAUUUGAGAGAGACGGCUGCUGCCUGCCGCAGCAGCAGCAGCUGCUGCUGCUGAGUCAGUCUGUCUUGCUGCAGCACCAGCAGCACCAGCAGCAGCAGCAGCAGGGAGCCCCUUCUCUAGACGCUGCUCAGCACCACGAGCUCGCCAUCUACCACAGCAGCAGCAGCAGCAACAGCAGCAGCAGCAGCAGCAGCAGCAGCACGCAGUGGAAACUCUCGCUGCCCAGGGAGCUGCUGGCAGCAGCGUGGCAUUAUGUGCGGCUGGUGCGUCGCUGCUUCCUCUUAUGGAGGCGAUAUAAAACAGCAGAUUUGCUGCGGCGGCAGCAGCAGCAGCAGCAGGUGCUGCUGCUGCGGCGGCAGCAGCAUCAGCUGCUGCUGCAGCAGUCUUGGAUAGCAUGGUGUACGGCUUGGCAGCAGCAGAAGAACGAUGCUGCUGCUGCAGCACGACACUUCUCGCUGCUGCUGCUGCAGCGGCUGCUGCUCAGCUGGCGGCUUCUUGCGCAGCCCCGCAUGCGGCGUUCUGCUGCUGCUGUUGCUGCAGUGCAGCAGCAGCAGCAGCAAACUCUGUUCGCUGUGGUGAUGAAAGCAUGGAGACAAUGGACGCUGAAGAAACGGCAGAUACGCCGUGCUGCUGCUGCUGCUGCAGCACUGAGGGCGACGCGGCUUUCUUCUCAGGUCUUCGGCUCAUGGGCGACAGCAGCAAGGCUGCACACGAUAGAGACGCAGCUGCGGCGUCAGCAGCAGCAGCGGCUGCUGCGGCAGCUGCUGCUGUAUUGGCGCCUGUGCUUCCUCUGCCGCCGUCUUGCUGCUGCUGCUCUGUUGGCGCAGCAGCGGCCGCUGCUGCGGCGUGGCUGGCAGCAGCUGCGGCUGCAUGCAUUCAGCAGCAAACUGCAGCAGCAAACACUGCAGCGGGGCUUCGCUGCACUGCUGCAGGCCGUCAACCUGCGGCGGAGACUUGAGUGGUGCCAGGCAUGCGCCACACUGCAGCAAGCCAUCCGGACGCAGCACGAGGUAUUUGAGCGGUGGCGUUUGCUGCUGCUGCAGCGGCGGCGUGUUGCUUCUCUCCGCUCUGUUGGUGCUGCUGCUGCAGUGCUGCUGCGGCUCAACCGUUCUUUUUCUGCGUGGAAGGAGCUGGCAGCAGCAAGACAGCAGCAGCGGCAGCAGCAGCUGCUGCUGCUGCAGCAGCAGCAGCAGAUACAGGGGAACCAAGGCAAAGCCCUUGCUGCUCGCUUCUUAAGACUCUGGCGCUUAGCUUACAGGCUGCAGCGGCUGCUGCAGCGGCGUGCUGCUGCUGCUGCAUGCAGGGCCUUCGGGGCCCUGAGAGAGGUUCUGCGAGCGCAUGCAGCAAGACAGCAGCAGAUGCAUCUGUUGCAGCAGCAGCAGCAGCAGCAGCAGAAGCGAGUAAUGUUUCAUGCGUGGCGGGACCUGCUGCAGUGCUGCUGCUUUUAUAACGAGCUGCUGCAGCAGCGGGCAUUUGCUGCUCUCCGCUUUGCUGCUUGUCUGCGGCGCAGCAUUCUGCUGCUGAUUGCAUGCGUUUGGCGACUGCAGCAGCAGCAGCAGCGAGAGGCCCUUCAGCUGCUACAGCAACGGGCUCACCGCAGCAGGAAGCUGCAGCAGCUGCUGCGAGCAGCAGCAGGGCAGCAGCUGCAGCAGCGACUGCAGCAAGUCAAGCAUGCUGUGGAGGUUCGCUGCGGCCUGGUGCUGCAGCGCAUGCAGCAGCACGCGUUGCAGCAGCAGAAGCUGCAGCAGUUUGCUGCAGCACGGAAGCAGCAGGAGGAGUUGCAGUGUCUGUACACCUCGUUUGCUGCUUGGCGGGGGUUCGCAGCAGCAAGACAGCAUGCAGCAAGAGCAGCAGCAGCAGUGCAGCAGCAGCGCGAAGAGAGGGGCCCUCAGCUGCUGCUGCUGGGGUGUCUGCGUCUGUGGGUUAGAGCGCUGCAGCAGCAGCAGCAGCAGCGAAAAGCUGCUGCUGCGCUGCAGCUGCUGCAGCUACGUCGUUGGUUUGCUGCGUGGCGGCUAGCUCUAUAUGAGGAGAGGGACGGGCAGCAGCUGCAGCAGCAAGCGCUGCUGCUGCAGCAGCAAUGGAAGCUGCGGCGGGUGCUGCUGCUGAUGCAUGAGCAGCAGCAAGAAGAGGAAUGGAGGGCCUGGUGUAUACUGCGCGCAGAAGAAUUCUUGAAACUGCUGCAGCAACGCCAGCAAGCAGCAGUGCUGCUGCAGUGGCUCGCGUACUGGAGGCGGGAGAAGCGCGUGCGUGCAUGCGGGCAGCAGGUGCAGCAGCAGCAGCAGCAGCGGUUGUUGCGUUGGUCGUUGCAGCAGAUGGUUGCUGCAGCAGCAAAGGGUCGGCGGCUAGGGCUUGCUGCAGCAGCAGUGCAGCAGCAGCACAGGCUGCUGCUGCUGCAGUCUCUGUGGGGCCACUGGCGCUCCCUCUGUCGCUACGCCCAGGCAGCAAACGCGCUGCUGCAGCACUUCUUCAUGAUGCAGCAAAUGCGCCGCAGAAGUCACUUGCUGUCUUUCUGGCGGGCCUACGCCUCUGAGCGCAGCAGGCUUCACCGAGCAGCAGCAGAGCUGCAGCAGCAGCAGCAGCAGCGGCAGCAGCAGAUUGCUGCUGUCUUGCUGCAGCACGUCUUCUUGGAGUGGCAAGGCCUCGCGCUGCAGCGACAGCAGCAGCGCCAAGAGGCGCAGCAGCGGCUGCAGCAGCAGCUGCUGCUCAGACAUCAGCAGCAAAUGAGGAGAGUUUUAGUGUAUUGGGGGGCAGCAGCAAAACACAGAGCUGCUGCUAGAAUGGCUGUGCUGCAGCGCAUUGGCGUUUUUCACCAGCAGCAGCAGCAGCAGCAGCAGCAGCAGCAGCAGCACGUACUGCUGCUGCCGCCUCCAGCUCGCGCACCAGCAGCAGCGCCUCCAGCUCGCGGUGGAAGAAGACGUGCUAUUUCACUGAGCAGCACCAGCAGCAGCAGCAGCAGCAGCAGCCGCCCAAGCAGCAGCAACAGCGACAGCAGCAACACCAGUAGCAGCAGCAGCCGCAGAAGCAGAAGCAGCAGCAGCAGUGAGAGGAAUGAUGCUGCUGAUGUCUCGCGCGCCCCCCAAAGGCUGCGGUGGCUUGACACAGCUUCCCCAACAGCAGCAGCAACAGCAGCAGCAGCAGCAACAGCAGCAGCAGCAACAGCAGCAGCAGAAGCAUCUGAAGAAGCUCUGCCCGAGCCAUCUCCCUCAGCCUCAGAGCAGCAGCAGCAGCAACAGCAGCAGCAGCAGCAGCAGCAGCAGGAUGAGGCAGUGAGUCUGUCGUUCUCUCGCCAGGCCUUCCUUUCUCAUUCGCAGGCAGCAGAAGAAGAUGUGCUGCUGCAGCAGCGGUGGCGGCAGCAGCUGCAGCAGGAGCAGCAGCGACAGCCCCGCCUCAUACACGCAUACCCGCAACAGCAACAGCAGCAGCAACAGCAGCAGCAGCAGCAGCAGCAGCAGCAGCAAAAGUGGGUCUCUGGGUUUUCUCUCCCCUCUGCUUCGCUUCACCUAGAAGACCUGGAGGAUAUAAAAGACUCAACACAUACAGCAGCAGCAGCACCAGCAGCAGCAGCAGCAGCAACUGCUGUUGCUGCUGCUGCUGCUGCUGCUGCUCCUACAGCUUCAGGGCAUGCAGAAGCUUUACAACACUCCCCUAGAACACCCACAAGCAACAGCAGCAGCAACAGCAGCAGCAGCAGCAGCAGCAGCAGCAGCGUAGUCUCUUCGCCUCCUCGGCGCAGCAGUCACCUCCCGUUUAGGCAGAUGCACCCAGAGAUAUUUGACAGCAGCAGCAGCAGCAGCAGCAGCAGCAUCAGGAAGAAAAACAGCACCAGCAGCAACUACAACAGCAACGAAAACAGCAGCAGCAGCAGCAGCAGCAGCAGCAGCAGUGAUAAGAAAGAUGAAGGCAGUCUCUGGCGCGACAGCGCUCUCACCGGGCUCUUCGCCGCUGACCCGGCAAAUAGCAGCAUACAGCAGCAGCAGCAGCAGCAGCAGCAGCAGCAGCAGCAGCAGCAAGAGCAGCAGCAGUUGCUGCUUCAGGUGUCUCGACGCCGCUCGACGAGCUCCAGAAGCGGAAGGCGACACGAGAGCAGCGACAGCAGCAGCAGCAGCAGCAGCAGCAGCAGCAGCAGCAGCAGCCGAAACCGCAGGAGAAGGGGAACAUUGAGCGACACGAGCAGAACAGCAAGGAGGCAACGCAGCAGCAACAGGAGAAACAGCAGCAGCAGCAGCAGCAGCAGCAACAGCAGCAGUGAUGAGUUCGCCCGCGCUGCUGCGCUGCCCCCCACUCCUUAUUCAGUGAUAAACGACAGGCUGCCGAGCCACCGGCGGCGACUGCAUGCGCAGCAGCAGCAGCAGCAGCAGCAACAGCAGCAGCAGCAGCAGCAGCAGCAGCCAGGUGGUAGCCCUGAUGAUGCUGCUUCUCACGCAGACAGCGAACAGUUUUUGCGGCGGGCCUGGGAGGGAGAGCUGCCGCAGCAGCAGCUGCUGCUGCAGCUGCGACAAGACAUCAAAACAGCAGCAGCAGCAGCAGCAGCAGCUAGUCCGCCCCCCCAAGAAGACAGCCCCUAG